GCCCGAGCCCCGUGACCUGGGGGCGUGGACCCCGGAGGCGCCGGGAAACUGCUACGCGGGCUCUGAUUUUCUUUCACUGCGGUCUGUGCUCUCCUCUUGGUUCUCAAAACCCGCACAUCCGGGGAGAGGGAAUUGGAGAUAGGAGCUUCGACCCCGAGGUUGGGCGGACGCCGUAUUCAGCGACGAAUCGCGUGGACCUGAGAGCGUUCGGUGGCCCCCAGCCGCCUGCGGACCCUGCCGUCUCGUCAUGGCUAGAUUCUGGGUCGUCCUGGCCGGCGCUGGCUUCUUUCUUGCAUUCCUGGUUUUGCAUUCACGUUUUUGUGGCUCACCGAUUUUAAGGAAAUUUGCUUUUCAAGUUUCCUGGAGAACCAAGGAAAUUCUUUACCGGCUGGAUGUGGGUUGGCCUAAUCAUCCUGAAUACUUUACUGGAGCAACAUUUAGUGUUGCAGUUGACUCCCUCAGCGGAUCGGUUUAUGUAGCCCAGAGAGGGGAUAACAUCCCAAAGGUAUUAGUGUUCACAGAGGAUGGAUAUUUCCUACGAUCCUGGAAUUAUACAGUUGACACACCUCAUGGUAUAUUUGCAGCCAGUACACUACACGAACAAUCUGUCUGGAUCACGGAUGUAGGAAGUGGAUCCUAUGGCCAUACUAUUAAAAAGUACAAUUCAUUUGGUGAUCUUGUUCAAGUCUUGGGCACCCCAGGCAAAAAAGGCACUAGUUUGAAUCCCCUGCAGUUUGAUAACCCUGCAGAAUUAUAUGUAGAUGACAUGGGAGAUAUUUACAUUGUGGAUGGAGAUGGAGGACUGAAUAACAGAUUGAUCAAAUUGUCCCAAGAUUUUAUGAUGCUUUGGCUGCAUGGAGAACGGGGAACGGGGCCUGCCCAGUUCAACAUACCUCACAGUGUUACAGUUGAUUCAGCUGGUCGGGUUUGGGUUGCUGACCGAGGAAAUAAAAGAAUUCAAGUAUUUGAUAAAGACACCGGGGAGUGGUUAGGAGCAUGGAAUAGUUGUUUCACAGAAGAGGGACCUUCUUCAGUCAGAUUUACUCCUGACGGGAAGUAUGUGAUCGUAGCCCAGCUGAAUCUCAGCAGGGUCCUGCUGGUGGCCGCACCCCCAGUGGGAAGCAUUGGCAAGUGUUCCGUGAUCAGCACGAUCCAACUAGCAGAUGAGGUCUUACCUCAUCUCUUAGAUGUCAGUGGGAAGACCGGGGCCAUCUACGUAGCAGAAAUUGGAGCAAAGCAAGUGCAAAAAUAUGUCCCAAUGGAGAGCUAUUUUCCUUCAUUCACAUAUUCAUAAUGUUUUUUUCCUGGAGAUCUUUCAUGUGGGAGUUUGGAUUCUCAAAUUCAUUCUCAAGUUCUUACAAAUAAUGUUCAAGCACAAGAAUUUUCUGUAUUUUUCCAUGACCUCGUGAUGGGAAGAAUUUAUUUUUGUAUCAUUCAGAACCGUAUGUUUUGUUGUUGUUCUCAUGACUUAGUUUUACCUGUACGUGCAUAAGGCCAUUUUAAUGAAGGAAAUGUAAUUCUAAAAAGUAGGGUCUGAAAGGAGGACUGAUUGUAACACAGGUAGGCUACUCCUCUCUGGGAGGAAGAGGGAAAGGAGUAAAGGCGGUUUUGCAGGAUGUAUUGAGUUUCACGAGAAGGACUGUGAGCAUCCAGGCCGUUCGCCUGGCAUAAAGCGCACACGUUGAGAGAUUAAGUCAGAUGAAUGGGUACCCGCAGGCUGCUAGCUCAUAGAGAGUCAGGGAUGCAGACUCAGGACGUACCCUCGUGGGCCUCUUCAGUCGCAUAUACUCCAGUGGGAAGACAAGUGUGCAAACUGAUAGAGCCCAGUGCCAGCAAGCCUCAAGUGUGUCAUGUAGGAACAUUACGUCUGACUGGGGGAAUCCUGGGGAUUCUGCUCUGGAAGUCAAUUUGAGCUCCCAACUUGAGAAACCAAAGAGAGAAAAACAAGGUGUUCCAAACGGACAAGUUGUAAAAAGCUAUAAACUUGCUGCGAACUUUGAUAGACUUACUUUUAAAAGCCCAGUGUGGCCUGGGUCCUUUAGCUGUAAGAUACUUAAUUUCAAGGACGCCUGGGUGGCUCAGUUGGGCAAGCAUCCGACUUCAGCUCAGGUCAGGAUCUCACCCCACAUCGGGCUCU